CUCAGCCUGUACAGACAGGAAAAAAACAAGGAACAGUUCACAAGCCUCCGGUCUUUGACAGGCAACCUUUUUUAUAUGAAAAAGUCAGGUUUAGAAGAGGAUUCCAAUCGCACAGGAUUUCUUUAACCAGCUUUAAAAUGGAUGUCCCAGAGAACUCCCCAGGGAUUAUGGGGCUGCUGAAAACUUUCGACGCUUCAGAGUUUGGGAGUUGGGAAAAGAUUGGCUCCGGCGGCUUCGGACAGGUGUACAAAGUACGACACAUGCAGUGGAAAACAUGGCUGGCUAUCAAGUGCCCUCCUAGUCUUCACUCCGAUGAGAAGGAACGUGCUGAACUGUUAGAGGAGGCAAAGAAGAUGGAGGCGGCUAAGUUCCGCUACAUACUCCCCGUGUACGGCAUCUGCAGCGACCCACAGGGACUGGUGAUGGAGUACAUGGAGACUGGCUCCCUCGAAACCCUGCUGGCCUCUGAACCACUGCCCUGGGAACUGCGAUUCCGCAUCAUCCAUGAGACGGCGGUGGGGAUGAACUUUCUGCAUUGCAUGAACCCACCGCUCCUUCAUCUCGACCUGAAACCUGCCAACAUCCUGCUGGACGCACACUACCAUGUCAAGAUCUCUGACUUUGGCCUGGCUAGGUGGAACGGCUUCUCCAGGAACGAUGAUAUGAGCCGCGAUGGGUUCUGCGGCACUAUUGCUUAUCUUCCUCCAGAGAGAAUCAUUGAAAAAGAUCGAAUAUCUGACAUCAAACAUGAUGUGUACAGCUUUUCAAUUGUUAUCUGGGGGAUUCUCACACAGAAGAAGCCAUAUCAAGGGGAGAACAACAUCCUGCACAUAAUGGUGAAGGUUGUGAAAGGGGCUCGUCCAGAUCUUGGGAUUAUCCCCCGCAGUCGCCCCCAGGCCUGCUCCGGGUUCCUGUCUCUUAUGCAGAAGUGCUGGGCACAAUCUCCAGAGGCCAGACCCAGUUUUCAAGAGAUCACAUCAGAGGCUGAGGAGUUGUGCACUAAACCCCAUGAGGAGCGGAGGGCUUCGGUUUCUUCAGAAGCAGAUUGUUCCAUCUGCCCUGCCCCAGCCUCCAGUGAACAGACCAACAACCAAAAGCCAGUGAGGCCGAAGUCAGCCAUGUUACCUGAGAAAGAUUGCAGCCUUUCUCAGCUGCUAAGCCAAAUCGACUCGGGCUUCUCUCGCAGUUUAAGCAACAUCAAAGAGGAAUCCCUGGAGAGCAAAGACAAUACCAGCAAGAGACUGUCGGGCAUCUCCUCUGUGGACUCAGCUUUCUCGUCUCAGGGCUCCAUCACUUUGUCCUUUGAGAAGGAAAAUGCUGAGAAAAAUGACUCCAGUGAGAUACAGAAGAAGAAACUCUGUGAAGCCAUUCGCACCGAGGAUACCGCCAAGCUCAUGAAGAUCCUCCAGCCGCAGGAUGUCGACUUGCUCUUGGAAGGUUCCUGCAAUCUGCUUCACUUUGCUGUGGUGCUGGCCAACGAGGAGGCCGUUAAGUUUCUGUUGCUUAGCAACUGCAAUCCGAAUUUGCCUAAUGCUAACGGAGCCACGCCCCUCCACCUGGCUGCCGAAAAGCUAAUGAAAGCAGUGGCCGAGAUUCUCCUGAGCCGCAAAACCACCAACGUCAACGCCAAGGAUGAGGACCAGUACACCCCCCUGCAUUUUGCAGCCCAAAACGGAGACGAAGCCCUGACCCGUUUACUGUUAGACCGUUCCGCCUCCAUUAACGAAGUUGACGCUCAGGGUCGCACGCCGACGCACAUCGCCUGCCACCACGGACAGGAGAACGUGGUACGGGUUUUGCUAAGUCGUGGAGCGGACGUCCACGUGAAUGGUAAAGAUGAUUGGACGGCGCUGCAUCUGGCUGCUUGGAAAGGGCACCUGGGAAUCGUGAAGCUCCUGGUGAAGCAGGCGGGGGCUGACAUUGACGGGCAGACGUCAGACGGACGCACGCCGCUCCAUCUGGCGUCACAGAGGGGCCAAUAUCGGGUGGCGCGGAUCCUGGUGGAGCUUGGCGCUAACGUGCACCUGACAUCCGACGGCCUCCACGGUCCGCUUCACAUAGCGGCAGAAACUGGUCACACCAGCACUUCGAGGUUGCUUGUCAAACACGGCGCCGACAUUCAAAGUCAAACUGUGACCGGUUGCACCGCCUUGCACCUGGCUGCCCAAAAUGGCCAUUUGGCCACCACCAAAAUGCUGCUGGUGGAGGGCGCCGACAUUCAGAGUCGGAACCACGCUCUUCGCACGCCUUGUCACCUGGCUGCCGAGAGCGGCCACUCUGAAGUGCUCAAAGAGCUUUUGCAGAGUUGCCCUGAGGUCACCAACGCUCAGGAUGAAAAUGGGUUCACGCCGCUUCACCUCGCUGUAAGCGGCAGACACAAAGACAUAAUUUGCGUCCUGCUCGACAGCGGCGCCAACGCUGCUCCGCUCUCUCCUCAACCCGCCCCAGAGCGCACGCUAGAGUACACGUCGGAAUCUGAGGCGGAAAGUCCGGUUCCUCUCACCCCCAGGAAAGUGGUGAUUUUGAAACUCACCAGCCCCAAACGCAAUGAUGCCACACAAAUCCCAGUAGACUCGCUGUGUGAAACGGCCACUUGUUGAGGGUCUCUUUUGGGGCCUGUGGCCUCAGACUUUUCAGGAAUCUCUCUAUGUGCUCGUGGACACUAUUUCCUACUUUGGACUGAUAAAGGCUGGAAAAGAGGGCUUCUUCUUAUCCAUUUGGAUUGACUGUACAUAUUGUAAUUAUUUGGUUGUGGAAGAUUUUUCUGUAUUUUUUAUCCAGUAGUUCGGGCGCUUGUUGGCUUUCCGUCUUAAUAGUUAGGUUGCAAUUGGAAAUGCAUUUUUGUAUAUAUUAGUCAUGUAGAAAGUGCCUGGAUUUUUUUCCAUGCUUCCUUGUACGGAGUCCACUCCCUGUUGUUUUCACGCCAUUGUUUAUUCGUUCCUGUUUUUGUUACACACCUCCGAUUUGACAAUUUCAUUCUUAAACCUGUCACCAGAGUAUAUUGAUGAUUAAUGUAGCCUCAAGGAAAACCUUCUCCACCCCCUUCAUACACAAAAACAUCCCAAAAUGGCAUAAGAUUUGGAGCUUUUCAGUCAUUUGUAGACCAACUUGUAAGGUUAUUUUGCCAAGGGUUCCUCAUUGGUUUUUAGAAAAGCUGUUUUUUAUUUAUACAGUGACAGUUCACCCAAAAAUGAAAAUUCUGUCAUCAUUUACUCUUCCUCUUUUCAUUUCAAACCUGUAUGACUUUCUUUUUUCAGCAGAACACAAAAAAAUAUAUAUUUCAUUUUUGAAGAAUGUUGUUAACCGGCACCCAUUGACUUGCAUUGGUUUUGCGUCCAUACAAUAGAAGUGAAUGGGUGUUCGGUUACCAACUUUCUUCAAAAUAUCUCCUCUUGUGUUCUGCGGAGGAAAGGUUUGAAAUGAAAAGAGGAAGAGUAAAUGAUGACAGAAUUUUUCUUUUUGGGUGAACUAUCACUUCAAUACCUGGAAGUUAUGUGGUUUAGUUUUUCAUUUUAUUUCUGUCGAGUACAACAUAAAUUAUACUUUCAUACCUUACUUUUUACUAGUUUAUGUUGUUGCACAAAACAAGAAAGUCUCCACAGUAAUGUAAAUCAGACCUUACUUUACUUAUAAAUCAAAAUGCAUAAAAAAGGACCCAAAUAUGCCUCUUCAAUCCAAAUGUUUUAAAACUAUAAACCAAACAGUUUUAUUGAAUCAUUUUUAUUCUAGAGUUGAGAAAUAUAAAAAAAAUGCUCACCCUCUCAUAAGUCAAAAUAUGCAACUUAUAUAUACCAUAUUUCUUACAUAGCAUCUUAAAUCUCGGCUAUAUGUUAAAGUAAAUCAGAAACACUGUGAGGUCAAUUAUAUUCUUUAAAUGGUUAAGUCAAUAGUUCUUAAGCUAUUUGGCUCGUACCAUGGGAACAUGCCCUCAGGAGGAUCGCAGGUGUGGGUAGACAUUAUGAGGGGAGGAUCGUAUCCCAUGUACCCUCAUGUUCGGGCCAUUGGCUCAUUCCUAAGACCACUUUAUCUUUUCAUCACUGUACGAAGUCACUGUGCCAAGCCUUUUUUGUGCCACGGGGGAGCGUAGCUGUCAUUACUCUUCACUUUGUCUGGAACAGACAGCCUGUUAAUUGCCAUGUCUUGAAAUUCUCUGUUUGCAGAGAGCGCUGUUGAACUCUGAGGGGUGAAUGGCUUUUUUAUGUGCGUUUGUUUUGUAGUUCUGCAUCUGCGUAUGCGUCUGUAUAAACUUAAUCUGCCGUAGCAAAGUAUUGCCAACACCUUCUGCUUGAUCUCUGAUAACGCUGUCUUGUUCUUCGUUUGUACACAGAAAAGAUGUUGUCAUUUAUCAAUUGGUGUUUGCACACUUUUAUAUUUGAUGGAAAAUUAAAGUGCAUCACGUGUAUUUAAAGUA